CACUUUGAUGCACUAUAAAACGUUAUAAGUUGCUCUUAGGUUUGCCCACUAAGCCGGCUGACCAGUUACUUCUUGACUAUUCAAGAAAAGAAGCAUGAGAAACUUUCUGAUUUGCUGGUAUAGCGACCCGCCCAGUUGAUGCCCCGCCUACUCUAGCUGGGCGGUUGACGCCAACGCUCCAAGUUUUUAAGCCAGUAAGCAUUCAACCUUCGAAAAGGACGCGUUGCCAGUAUAAUAUUCGGUCAUAAUUUUAAUUUUUUUUGUAUAAAGUGCGAUAAGCUUUUGACGAGGAGACUGUUCCUAAAUGCAAGCUGAAUCCAAGAUGAGCUCAAUGCCUGAGGAGAAACCUCCUUCGGACCCUCACGCAAAGCUUCGAGAGAUGCGCAAUACCGACUUAGUAUCAAGAUUGUUAGCAGCAACUCCGCCGUAUCUCUAUAGUGCUCUACCACUUCAACCACACGCCUUCUUCUUCAGCGAGAUGUUAAGGUCAUUCGUCAACGCGAGACAUGGUUGCCGACCACCCCAUUUCCAUCGUCGCUUCAAACGUCGCUCACACAAAUAUUUCGCUGAAAAUGAAAAUGAUUGGCGACGUGAGUACACAAAGGAUGAAGAAAAAAAAGACACAGAUGUUCGUCCCGAAGUACCUCUGGAAUUGACAGUAGAUAAACAGCCCCGAGUUCGUGAUCCAUCGCCUAGGCGACUAUCGCCGAAACCAGAACCAGCAAAACCGAGUGACAGCCCUGGUCCACCUGGCAGACAAUCAACUUACGUCGACGUUGGUACCGAGGAAUUGCCAAAACCUUCUCCAUGUGCUCGGAAUCCAGCUGAUAAUCCUGUACCAACAUCAAACCUGAUCCUUCCUCCACCGCCUCCAAUGUGGUAUCCACCUUUGUACAAUCCACAAUUCGGUGUGGACCCCUUAAACUUCUUUAUCGACCUCCGCGUAUCGGGACAUAUUUAUGACAGGAAACGGGCGUUAGCCGAAGGGAUUGACACAAAUGUAAAUCAGGACGUCAGGCAAGAAGAUACCAGCUUAGACAAACGUUUGAGCAGGGAUUUUGCGCAGAGACCUCGACACCUUUCGGCGUUCGCCGUACCGGUACGUUCGACCAUUAACGUCGAAGGUCCAGAAAAAUACUUCGAGAAUGGACCGAAAUCGGGAAAAGUGAACGGCACUUCGUACAUUAUGAGGAACUUGAAACGUGUCUAUGAGCAGUUACACUCUGACGAAGAACGGAAGAAGAGAGAAAAGAGUGAAACAAAAGCUGAAUCUUCCGAUAUUGAUGAUGACAUUAUUGAUUAAACACUUUUAAGUCCAAUCAAGUUCUAUUUAAUUGUUAUCAAACGUUGAUCUAUGUAACUUAAAAUGUCAAAAACCUGCGCUGCGGAUGCGUCAUCCGUA